UCUGUUUAAUGAUCUGCUCCACUACUUUGUUAGAUGCAUUUUGGGGAAGUCCACUGAGGAAGAAGGCUUAAGUCUACAAAAGGUCCUGCUGCCAACCCCCGUAGAUACCAAAAUCUGUGGCUACUUUACAGUAAACUGUUCUCCCUUCUUUAAAAUGGCAAAAUCUGGGUUGGUUUUUUGUAAUUUAUACAUUUUGGGGGAAUUACUUUUAAGCCGCGGAUGCUUGAAUCCGUGGACAAAGAUACGUGCAUACGGAGGGCCGACUGUAUAGUCACUUUUAUUGACGGUUUUUGCAAAUGCAAUAAAGAGUCACAGAUAUUUAAAGAGGGAGGGAAAGGAAAAAGGAAGGAAGGAAGGGGGGAUGAAUACAGCAAAAUAUAAAAGGAAAUACAAGAAGAUAGUAAUGCGGCUUCCAAAUUUCUUUUCAGCAGUUAUACGUAUACGUAAUACAGUUAUUGUGAAGUUGGGCCAGAUCAUUUCAGGGAGGCUCAGCCCCAAAGCCUAGUCUUGCCCCCAAAUUCUAUGGUCCCUGAUUAAGGUAUUUAUGGAGAACAAGAGUCUCUUUUCCUUUCUAUCCCCUCCAUCUCCAUUUUGUGUUCACUUUCCCCAAUGCUUUCCAGAUUGUGGCUCACACGAGUUUUAAAUACGGAGCCAGACAAACCAGUGGAUCCAGUCCGGUGACUUCAGAUGCUCUUUGGAUUUCUAACAGUGUAUUCUUCACCUGUAAGUGAGACAGACCCUACAGGACCAGAGACCUCGACGUCCGAAGAGAGAAGGACAUGAGACGCGGUGGCACCUGAUGCAUUCAGCAGGGAAAUCCAGGAUGAAGAACUGAAGAAAUUCACUGCCCGAAUCUCAGGCUUACUCCAGAAUCAUGACCUGGGGAAUGAAACUGUCGAUUGCUUGCAAAGACUCUUCCUUAUCGUCUCAGCCACCAAAUACGGCCGGAAGUUGGAUAGCAGAUUUGUACAGCUUCUACAGACAGUCCUCCAUCUCCCAAAGUCCCCUGAGCAAGUGCAGACGCUUUGUGCUGCUAUCUUGAGAGAGAUGUCUCCCAACAGUGACUUAUCCCUGUCUUGGGAUAAGACCCAAGACACCAAGCUCUUGAAUCUAGCGUUCUCCAUCAUGCUGGCCCAGGGCAAUAAAAUGGGAGAUGUAGAAGCUGUGGGGCAGCGUGUGGUGAAAAUCCUUGAAGGCAGACUUCCUGAAGGUCCGAAUGCAAGGCAUCUACUCCCCCUUUUGUCAAAGGUCAUCAGCUUUGCACCAGAGAGCCUUAAUGAAGAUCAGAUCAAUCUGCUCAGCAAAAGGAUGGUGGACUGGCUGAGAUACGCCAGUGUCCAGCAAGGAGUUCCCCAGUCCUCAGGAGGCUUCUUCAACCCCAGAGCAAGACAGCCUGGUCCCAUCUCAGAGGUGGAUGGCACAGUUGCCACAGACUUCUUUACCGUGCUCUCUGUUGGGCAGCACUACACCGAGGACCAAUGGCUCAACAUGCAGACCUUUUCCAUGUUGCGGAAGUGGCUCCUGUGCUACGGUAGCGAUGGCACAACCAGUCCAAAUUCAGAUGACAAAUCUGAGGUGGAUGGCUCUGUUGUGUCCAUGGUCUCUGUUACUUCCAGCUCCAGUCGCCUUCUUCCUCCAAAGGAGCGCUUGAGGGAGAAGGCCUUUGAGUACUGCCACCGUCUUAUAGAGCAGUGUAACCGGCGGGCUCUGAAGAAGACAGAUGCAGAGCUACAGAAAGCAUGUCUCACUGAAGCGAUCACGAUCAUGGAUAUUAUUUGCAGACAGGACUCCUCUUAUGUCUAUCGCUCGCUCUCCUGCCUGAAGAACUUGCACAGUCAGAUCAGUGGGGAUCUUUCCUGUGCAAGAGUGUUGCUGCCUAUUGCACAGUUCUUCCUGAAUCACAGUGAGACAGCGGCUGUGGACUCUGAGGCUGUUUACAAGCACCUGUUCACCAAAGUUCCUGCUCAGCUUUUCCACAACCCCAUGCUGGCUUAUGAGUUUAUCCAGUUCUGCAGGCUCAACCUUCCAUUAUUCACCGAGAGUGUCAGUAUCUUCCGCCAGAACAGCCCAAACCUAUUCAAGUUCCUAGCCUGGAAUAACCCAGCCCUGGUUGCUGAGUAUAUGGACAUUUUACCAGUCUUGCUUGGGCCAGACACUGCCCUGGAGAUAUUUCACUUGCUGCUGGACCUGCCUUGUGUUGCUGCUGCACUGGAUGUACAGCUGAGGUCUGCCCUGACCCCUUUGUCUGAGCGAACGGCCUUGGACUCCACAUCAAAGCCAACCACUUGCCAAGAGGCUUUCCGUCACCCGGAAUACAGGGGCUCAUUCCAGUACCUCCUCCGGGCCGAGUUAUCUCCUGGAGACCCAGGCAGGUUGACGCCUGUCCGCCAGCUCCUGGGCUCUAUGGCCAGUUCCCCUCGUGUUAUGCAGUGUGCUGAGUGUGUGCCUGUCUUACUGCAACUCUUCUUUGGAGUUGUCGCCAAGUUUGCAGAUGGAUCCCUUGCAAGCAAGCUGGUUUUGGCAAUACUGGAGAGAAGUGACCAACUUUAUGAGGUUCCAGGGUUCAAGGCAGAAGUGUACAGAGUGAUGAGCUCCCAGUUGCCUGUUCUUUGCAAGCUGCAUCCUUCCUUGAUUGUGGAACUCUCUAAACCACUUCUGGAAUUUUCAGGAACAGUAACCAACAUCCAGAACAAAGAGGACAUCUUCACCCAUGUGGUGUGGGCCAUUGGUGAAUAUGUAUCCGUGUUUCAUGAUAAGAGGUGCACAGCGGAGCAGAUCAACAAGUUCUUUGAAGUCCUGGAAGCCAUGCUUUUUGAGAUCACCCAGCUGCGACCAUCAGCCAGUGUCCCCAAGCACUCUCCCCGUGUCAUCUCUGUGCUGAUGACUGCAUUGACCAAGCUUGCAUCGCGCAGCCAGGACCUGAUCCCAAGGGUUUCCCUCUUCUUGUCCAAGCUGAGGACGUUUGUCCAAAGCCCAGCUGUUUCCUCCACCUACAGUGCUGAGGAUGCUGAAGUGAUCCUGACUCGAGCCACUGAGCUGAUGAACUUGCUGAAAAUGCCCAGCGUGGCCCAGUUUGUGCUGACUCCAUCGGCCGAGGUCUCAAGCCCCCGAUUUCAUCAGGACAUACACACUUCCCUGCCACUUGCCAUGAAGACAACCAGCCGGCUCUUGGGAGCGGGAGGAACUAACUCUGUUCCUGGCUGAGACAGAGUUUUGGUGGAUAUAUUUUAUCAGCAUCGAUUUUGACCUGAGAUGAGCCACAGCUGCGUUGAUCUAGGAAUACAACUUUGUGAAUGAUGCUAGGAAUCAAAUUAGCCAAUUCAAUUUUCUAAUUUUGGGGGAUGACCCACACACACUUUGCUGACUUCCUGGGUACGUGGUGGAUCCUGGACAUUCUUGUUCUUUCUUUACACAGUUCACAGACUUGUUUUCCCAUCAUUGUGAGGACUGUGUCCCAGUUCGGUUAAAAGCACGGUUUGUUGGAUCUGGACUAAACGUUUCUUUGGAUGGUUAGACAAAAUAAAUACACUGCCUUGA